CGGCCAGUCUCAGAUCACAUUACAUGGACUUCAACGCUUUUACAGCUGUUUGUACAUUUUCGAAGUUUCGUUUUCAACCGAUAAACAAAUAGAAGUCAUUUCAUCGAAUUUUAUAAACGAAAACUUUUAAUCCACAAUCAGUAUUUUACCGAGUAUAAAAUAUCCGAGCUUUCGCGUUUGUUAUCACUGCACAGCAUUUAACGCGUUUCAGUUGCAAACGAAUAUGUGACAUCAGAGUGUGGCUGAAGUUAACGUUAUUUAUUCACCCGUUUUAUUAAAGAAGACUGUUGCGCUAUGGCGGAUGGAGCGUGUCUAAACGCAAGUAGUUUGACCUCUCGAGCAAGGAAAGGCAAUAACGGCGUUUCAAUCCCAGCGAACAUGAGGAGGAAAACUCGACAGAGCAACAGACGAGACAUUCAUAACCGGGUGGUCCUGGAGAAGGUCCUGGGCAUCAGUGCCUCCAGCAGCAGUGCUUUAACCUGCGACCACAACACGGGCUUAGUGGCCUAUCCUGCUGGUUGUGUUAUUGUCAUCCUGAGCCCAAAGAAAAACAAGCAGACUCACAUAUUUAAUACAUCCAGGAAAACCUUCAGUGCCUUGGCUUUCUCGCAGAAUGGAAAAUAUUUGGUCACUGGUGAGAGCGGGCACAUGCCCUGUGUGCGUGUGUGGGACGUGGCAGAGCGGGCGCAGGUGGCAGAGGUCCAGUGCCACAAGUACGGGGUGGCGUGUGUGUCGUUCUCCCCCAACGGGAGCUAUAUAGUGUCUGUGGGAUACCAGCACGACAGGACCGUCAGUGUCUGGGAGUGGAAGAAGGGGACUGUAAUCGCGUCCAAUAAGGUGUCCAGCCGUGUGCUUGCUGUGUCGUUCUCGGAGGACAACAGCUACUUUGUAACGGCGGGGAACAGGCAUGUUAAGUUCUGGUACCUUGACGCCUCAAAGGAAAGACGGGUGAACAGCACGGUGCCUCUGAUUGGUCGCUCGGGGCUGCUCGGGGAGCACCAGAACAGUCAGUUCUGUGGUGUGGCGUGUGGCCGCGGCUCGAUGGCCAGCAGCACCUACUGCAUCACACACACGGGUCUGCUGUGCCAGUUCAACAGCAACCGACAGCUGGACUCCUGGGUUGAUCUCAAGACGACGUCAGCGCAGUGCUUGUCGGUGAGCGAGACGUUUGUUUUCUGCGGUUGUGCUGACGGGACGGUGCGCGUGUUCAGCCCUCAGGACCUGCGCUACAUCACCACUCUGCACCGGCCGCACUGCUUGGGGGUCGACGUGUCUCAGGGCACACAGCCGGGGCAUUUGUUCGGUGCAAACCCAGAAGCACAGUAUCCAGAUACCCUGGCUUUAACCUUUGACCCUGUGACCAGGCACUUGACGUGUGUGUAUAACGACCAUAGUGUGUACGUGUGGGACGUGCGGGACAUUCGCAAUGUUGGGAAGGUGUAUUCAGCUCUGUACCACAGCGGGUGUGUGUGGAGUGUGGAGACCUACCCUGAUCUUGAAGAUUCAUCAGCAUGUCUGUCGCCCGGAUCCUUCCUCACCUGUUCAUCCGAUAACACCAUCCGCCUGUGGAAAAGUGAGUCGCCGCAGAGUCACGGCUCGGCUCUCGGCCUUCGACACAACCUCUACAGCCAGGACAUCGUAAGGAUAGUAUAUGUGGAUGAUGACACGCAGUACCUCAAAGCUGAGGCUGAGAAAGCUGAGGGAGGAGGCCAGGAUGGUAAAUCUGGGAUCAGGGUGAUGGGAAUCAGCCCAGAUGGACAGCAUUUGGCAGCUGGAGACCGCAGUGGGAACCUGAGGAUCUUCGGCUUGCAGUUUAUGGACGAACUGCUGAAAAUCGAGGCUCAUGAUUCGGAGGUCUUGUGUCUAGCCUUCUCUCCUAUUGAGACCG